AUGGCGACGCGGAAUGUCGCCCACCGGAGCCACCUGAUGCUGUGCCUUUCCCUCAACGUCGGCUUUUGGACCCGGGUCAGGACGGUCCAGCCCCGAGGAGUGGCUGUGGCUCGGACUUGUGAGUCUAAGAGCUGGCAUCUGCAUGGCCUCUCCACCACUUUAUCGCUGUGCGGCCUUCCUAACUUCCAUCUCGGAACUUUUGGAACUUCUAGCCAAAUUUUCCCCAUGACUGGAGAAAAAGUCGCAUUUUUGAGGAUGUGGGAAAUUGGCAAAUUUUGGGUACCAAAAAGCCCAAAAUUUGCCGGCACCCAAAAAACCGUAAACAUGUUACCUAACCACGAUGGUAUGAUCGAUCCAUCCCUCCGAAAACGUGCUGCUUUGUAUGAAAUCGACCCCAAAAACCGUAAACAUGCUCUCUAG